UCUUGUGUGAAGAUGGCGGUCCCAGCUCAGAGCAGCCGGACCGGAUCCGUCAGCAGCAGUCUCGGGAACAGUCCGACCGCAACACCGGGCGGCUUGAACAGCAAUCACAAGCUGUGGUGCUGUCACGAGCUGGAUUUCAGGUCCGGAGUGAAGAUCGGAGAGCUCAACCGUCUCAUCCAUGAAUUCAGUAAAGAAGACCAGCGCGAGUAUGAUGACCAGAGGGCACUGGAAAUACACACCGCCAAGGAUUUCAUCUUCUCCAUGCUCGGCAUGGUGCAAAAGCUGGACCAAAAGUUACCUGUUGCAAAUGAGUACCUAUUGUUGUCCGGUGGUGUGCGAGAAGGUGUGGUUGACAUGGAUCUUGAUGAGCUUGGUCUCUACAACCGUGGCUCUGACUAUGACAUGGCCUUCACCCUGUUGGUUCCUGCCCUAAAGCUACACGACCGGAACCAGCCUGUCACACUGGACAUGCGGAACUCAGCGCUGGGUCACUCAUGGCUCAGCUUGCGACUUUUUAAUGAAGGUACCAUCAACCGCUGGCGGGAUUGCUGCACGAUGACUGACCAUCUGAAUGGCACCACCAACUACUUCUUCUCACCCACACUGGUAGCUGACUGGUUCCAAGAAGCAGUUGGAUUGGUCCUGGCAGAGUUGCAGCGCAAGCCCCAAAGGGGCACUCCGAGGUUGGAACGGGUUGAGCAUCACAGCACGCUGCUGUCUAUGGUUUUAGGUGUGGGCAGCAGUCGUAUGCUUUAUGACAUUGUUCCUGUGGUGUCUUUUAAAGGCUGGCCAGCAGUUGCCCAGAGCUGGUUGAUGGAGAACCACUUCUGGGAUGGGAAGAUCACAGAGGAGGAGGUGAUCAGUGGCUUCUAUCUGCUGCCUGCCUGCUCAGCCUCUGGUUGCAAAGAAAACGAGUGGCGUCUCUCCUUUGCCCGCAGCGAAGUCCAGUUAAAAAAAUGCAUCUCACCAGGACUCAUGCAAGCUUACCAGGCAUGCAAGGCGAUUGUCGUCAAGCUGCUGGCCCAGCCUACAGCUGUCAGUCCCUAUUACUUACGGAGCAUCAUGUUGUGGGCCUGUGACCGACUACCUUCCAGCUAUUUGUCACAGGAAGACUAUGCUGCACACUUCCUGCUGGGUCUCAUUGACGAUUUGCAGCACUGCCUGGUCAACAAGACCUGCCCAAACUAUUUCAUCCCACAAUGUAACAUGCUGGAGCAGCUAUGCGAUAAGACAGCCAUGUUUCACGCUCGUAAGCUUGCGCUAGUACGCUCAGAUCCAGCUCAGCACCUGCGCUCCAUCAUUGAGGAGGCCAAGGCUGCCAAUAGACUUACACAGGAGAUGCAACGUUGUGCAAGUUCCUCAGGUCUGCCAUCUCCACUGGCCAAUCCCUCCUCCGCAGAUCACCAACAGCCCGAUGACCGGUUGGCCAAGAAGCUGCAGCAGUUGGUGACAGAGAAUCCAGGCAAGUCCAUCUCUGUGUUCAUCAACCCUGACGAUGUUACACGCCCUCACUUCCGUAUCGAUGACAAGUUUUUCUGAAAAGCAAGGUCUAUUUUCAUUUCUCCUCUGCUGUCCUUAAUGUAUUGAUAACAAUUGAACCUGGGGAUGUGCUAGAUGACACUGUCCCUGAAACUGGAACUGUGUCCAUGUGCUUGCACAGAUCAGUAGUGACUGGAGAGGAUCCUAUGGAAGAACUGAACUGCAGGAGAAACAAAGAUCUAUAAGACUGGCCUUAUCCGGAUGGAGAAUGUCAACCAGCUGUUUGUAUAGCUGUGCAUGCACCUGCAGAGGUUUUAAGUAGGGAUGUGCACGGUUACCAUUUUUACGUUUCGGUUAACUGCAAGGUUUCAUGAACGGUUAAUCUGCUUUGCGUGGGGACGCAGGAAUAAAGGAAUAAUUUGUUGCAAUGGAAUUUUCUCAAACCUCUAUUUCAUCUAUUUCCUCAAAGUAGCAGCAAAUAAACUGCACAGUGAGCUAUGAGCUUAAAUAGCACAAUACAUGGAUCUUCACAUUAAAUUCAAACAAAAAUAAUAAAUCUGUCACUGCCUGUAUAUGCGCUCCGGCUGGGCAGAUUCACAUUUCUGUGAGGCAGUGAAGCUUCUUCGGGAUGCUUUGAUUUUGAAGUGGUUUCAAAUAAAAUGGCAUCGAAUUAUUGUAUGUAUAUGCACACCAGAGUGAAAUAAAAAAAAAUACAAAAAAAUACAAAAAAAAACAGUCUUAUCGUUUAUCAAGUUGAAUCCUACCUGGGAUCAUGUUUAAUGGUGUAACAGUCACAAUAAAGCUGAAUUAUGUAAUUUCUGCGAUACUAGCGCCAAUGAACGGAACUUCAAAUAUAAGCAAGGUUUUCAAAACUGCUUUCCGAAUACGCCCCUCAUCUGCUGUUGUUCGAACCGUCAGAUAGGGUCUAAGCGGGUCGCUCUAAACAAACGCAUUAAUUUUAUAGUGCCACAGAGACAAAGCAUUUACAGUUUUUGAGAAAAUGAACCGCUGAAUGACUUACUUGUAGCUGUCUCUGUAUAUUAAGCUGGGAUAUAAGGAAGUAUUUUAACACUGAAAAUGUUACAUACUUCAGCUUUAAGUCCUCUUUGCAAUGCAGCACAAUGAAUGAAACACAAUACAGGUGUUUUGAGAUGGGUUUAUAAAAAUGGAAGUUAUUUUUAACUUUACUUGGUGUCUAAAAAGGCGGCGAUCCUGCGCUGAAAGAAAAAACAGUGAGAUUCAGCGCAACAGUCAAAGAGUCCGUCCAGCACGUGUUAACAGUAUAUGUAAAACAGC